UGACAGGCGGAGCGAAGAUGUUAUCGAGCUGGAGCCUGGCAGCAGCACGCAGUUCGCCGGUGUGUUAGCUUCCACAGAGAGGUGAUGAUCUGUCCACCCUCCAGAUAACCUGCAGCCCCGCCAACAUGACAGACUACGCCGAGGAGCAAAGAAAUGAAUUGGAAGCGAUAGAGUCCAUCUACCCGGACUCCUUCACAGUGCUUUCAGAUGAUCCCGCCAGCUUCACCAUCACUGUAACAUCAGAUGCAGGGGAAAAUGAUGAAACUGUGGAAGCAACAUUAAAGUUCACAUAUGUAGAGAAAUAUCCAGACGAGCCUCCGCUGUGGGAGAUCCACUCCCAGGAGAACUUGGAGGACAGUGACGUGGAGGAAAUCCUCACCUUACUGCAGCAGCAGGCGGUAGAGAACUUGGGCAUGGUGAUGAUUUUCACGCUGGUGACAGCCGUUCAGGAGAAACUCAACGAAAUUGUGGAUGUGAUGAAAAGCAGACGAGAGGAGGAAAAACGGCGAAAAGAAGCAGAGGCAGAGGAAGCAGAGAAGGUGGCGUUCCAGGGCACAGUGGUAACCAUUGAAACCUUCCUGCUGUGGAAAGCCAAGUUUGAGCUGGAGAUGGCUGAGCUAAGGAGGAAAAAGCAGAAAGAAGAGGAGCAAGGAGGAAAAGCCAAACUGACUGGUAAACAGCUGUUUGAGACAGACCAUAACCUGGACACAUCAGACAUCCAGUUCCUUGAAGACGCUGGAAACAACGUUGAAGUGGAUGAGUCACUGUUCCAGGACAUUGAGGACUUGGACUUGGACUUGGAUGAGGAUGACCCAGACUUUGACCCUUUAGAGAUGGGAAGUGAUGAAGACUAAAGCAGGACUAAGGACAGAGGACUGUUGAGGACCGAUAAGACCAUACCCACCCUUCUCUAGAAUCUGAUUAUCUGACCAACACAUUUUUCAAAGACUCUAACAGCUAGAGAUUAAAUCUUUAUAAAUACAACACACAUAUACACGCCCAGUACUUUUCACUUCUGUGUCCAAACAAUUAAAUUGAUCAAAUAAACCUGA